AUGCCUGGUACUGAUUCUGAAUCUGGCUGUUGGCCGCGCUCGAGGUCUUCGAAGAACCGCUCCAACCCCAAAGCCAAACACGCGGGAAAGGAGAUAGGGUAUGAAGCCUGAAACUGAUUUUUAAAAAGCCUAACAAGUGCUGAAGUAGUGCCAAAUAUGAUUUUUAUGUUUGCAUGGACAGGAAUAACAGUAGUAGUCAUCUGAAAAUGGCUGGCCUAGUUGUGGGGGGAUGAUAUUGUAGUGUAACAGAGCAUGGCGUUUGCGAUGCCAGGGUUGUGGGUUCGAUUCCCACCCGGGCCAGUAUGAAAUUUUUUAUAAAUGUAUGCACUCACUAACUGUAAGUUGCUCUGGAUAAGAGCGUCUGCUAAAUGACUAAAAUGUAAUUUAUGUAGGCUACAUAGUAUUUCUGACCCCUAAGCUUGCCUGUUACCCCUUCUAGCUCAUAGAAUGCCCAGACCAAAGCUGAGCUAGACCCGGUGACCCGCUCCCUGGCUCUCCACCUGUGCUGCCCAGCCUGUGACACCCUCCUCCUCCAGCCUGUGUCUCUGCCCUGUGGCCACUGCCUCUGCCAGCCCUGCCUGGAAGGUGUCCACAAGAAGCACUCCAGCACCAAGGCCUCUGAUGCCCAGCAGCCCCAGCCCUGCUCCCUGUGCCCCCGCUGCCUGGUCCACUACUCCCUCCAGCCCGGCGGGGCCUGGACCUUCCCAGAGAACCUUCUUCUGGCCAACGUAUCUGAGCAGCUCCUGGAGAGAUUGGAGGGCCUGAGGCGGGUGAAGCAGCCCAAAAACACCCGGGCCAAGGAGACAGGCCUGAGGGUGACCGCCUGCAAGAUCUGCUCUAAGCAACGCGAGGCCCAGCGCUACUGCCGCACCUGCGGCCUCAACUACUGUGCCAAGUGCCUGAGAAAACUCCAUGGCAACCGGGCAUUCCAGGCCCAUGUGUUGACGGAGCCCGUGGAGGGUGGGUGCCGCGAUCCGUGCCCCACCCACCAUGAACGCUCCCUGUCCCACUGUUGCCUAGACGACGGAGCUCUGGGGUGCCAGGGGUGCAUGGAACAGGGGCACCGGGGACACGACGUGUCACCCAUCCAUGAGGCCCGCGCCCGCAGGGAGGUGGGCAUCCGCAAUUCGCUGGAGCAGGCUGGGAAGGGUAAGGUCACGUCUACUACUCUAUUGUUUCUGAGUCUUUAUAUAAUUACAAGUUCCACUGAGGGCUGUUUUUGUUUGUAUUCAUUUUAUGGAUUUAUGUUAAUUUGAAGUCUUAAUGUUGCUGCACCAACAGCGUUUGUUCAGUUAAUUAGCUUUAAUCUAGCAGAGUUAAGCUUUCACAUCUAAAAUACAUUCUCCAAAUCACAUCUCUGUGAACCUCAGUAAUGGCAGCCAUUAUGUCAAACAUAUUACUCCAUUGUGCAACAGAGUAAACUCAAAGUAAAUUAAUUUAGAGUUAAUACAGGAAGUUAAGUUUGUAUCAGAUGUUUAUUGCUGCACCCCUGUCACGUGGCUGUAGUGAAGUCCCAGUGUGAAGCCGACAUGGUGUCCAUGGAUCAGUUGAGGGCCCGGACGGGCUCUGACGGCGCCGAGCUGAGACGCCGCGUGCGCGAGGGCUUCCUGUCUCUCCGUAAUGUCCUGCUAGACCAGGAGGCGGCACUGCUCUCCCACCUGGACAACCUGACCUCCAGCACCCGCAGCAGAGCCAGGGACUUCCUCCAGACCUCUGCCCCACUCCUGGGCUCCCUGACUGGGCUGGAGGUGAUCUCUGAGCAGGCCCUCCUGGAGCCCGACACAGUGGCCUUCCUGACCGGGGCUGUGGCGCUGACUCAGUGGCUGCAGAGGGUCAACAGGGACAUCCACCGCCCUGCCCUGACUCUCCAGGAGGGGGAGCCCUUCAAGGGGGUGAAGAUGGACUUUGAUGCCCUCCUUAGAGACCUGCAGGGCCUGCUGGGGACCCACCUCCACUGGAAGAGCCCAGAAGUGGCUGCAGUGGUUUCCGUGGUGAACGGCGUGGAGGCAGCCGUUUUGGAGGGGUGCUGCGAGGUGGUGCCGGUGCCAUCCUGCCCAGGGACCCCCCACCGCACCCGGGCCCUGGCGGACUCCCCCCGGAGCCCCCGGACCCCCAGGAGCCCCAGGAAGCUGGUGAUGGAGGAACAGCUGUGCCUGCUGGCUGGGGACUGCAGCGAUAAGGAGCGCCACCUGCUGCCCAGGCCCCCCAUCAUCUACCAGCACAUCGUCAGCGGAGCCACUGUGGAGGUACAGUUGCACAGUAACUAGGGGCUUAUUCAGAAAUUAAACUUCAAAUGUAUUGUUUUAUAUCUAUGUAAAGUUAUCCAAUAUGAUGAUAACUCUCUAUCUGUCUGUGUAGAUCUUCUGGAUGCUGCCCAUGGGCGAGGAGGUGGAGACCUUUGACGUCCACUUCCAGGAUGCUCUUAUCGUGGGGAUGGCCAUGGAGGAGGGGAAGGGAGUGGUCCUGGUGGGGCUGAAGACCUGCAACCUGCAGACGGCCGGGCUCCGCCUAGACACACACUACCUGUUCCGGGCACGCUCUGUCAACAGCCACGGGGCCGGGGAUUGGAGCUCCUCCUACAGGGUACGAUACUUGACCAAUGACAUUCACUGACUGACUGUGAGCCCAAUCCUAUUUUUAGAAACAGGAGUAUUACUGACAACUAACUUGAGUUGUGUUCAUGUUGUCAUUGUUCCCAGGUGAACACCGAGCGCCAGGGAGACGAGGCCAAGGCAGCCGUGACACAGGAAAUCUAA